AAGUAUAUAGGAGCGAAAGUGAGUUGUGUGAAGGAGAGCGAGAGAUAAGAAAGAAGAAUGGCAAUGGCAGGUUGUGCACUGGUAUCCACCUUCCCCCUCAAAUUGAAGCCUCCCAAAACGAAAACCUCUUCUUCCAAUCUCCUUCAUCCAGAGCUUGCCUUCGUCACUUCCCACCUCAGCGGCAUCAAAAUUUCGUACCACCCUUCUCCCACGCCCCUUCUUGCGCCCAUCUCUCCCAAGUUCUUACCUUUCCAGCCUCUUGCUCGGAGAGUUUGUCCUUUCACUGGAAAGAAAGCAAACAAGGCCAACAAAGUAUCUUUCUCAAACCACAAGACAAAGAAACUGCAGUUUGUAAACCUGCAGUACAAGAGGAUUUGGUGGGAAGCUGGGAAGCGCUAUGUAAAGCUUCGGUUAUCAACCAAGGCAUUGAAAACCAUAGAGAAGAAUGGACUCGAUGCAGUUGCAAAGAAAGCUGGAAUUGACCUCCGGAAGAAAUAAGAUCACCUGAUUAUGGGGAUGUAGUUGUAAGAAAGAACAAAUUCAAGUUAGUUGAUAUUAUUUGCUGAUUUUGUUUUUAAGGUUACUUUUAGGGACUAUGGGUGAUUCUAGCAGUGAUUGAAAGAAGAUAUUGUGAGAAGCACAAACGGAAUAUCUUGAGAAUUGAUAUGCACUUUGUAAUGCCUGCAUAUUUUUAAUUUGUGCCUUCUUAUCGAUUAGAUAUGUGUUUUAUGCUUGUCUACUUUACUAUAUGAAUGUGUGUUUUGCCAAUUGGAAGUUGUAAAAUUUGUGAUUCUUUUGGCUAGGAAAAUAAAAACAUGAGAAUGAGUAAAUUUAUAA